AAGAACGUUUUACAGGAAGUAAAUAAACUGCCUUCCCGCGCAGUUAAACGGAUUCAAGAAGACGUUCACAGUCGCCGAUAAUCAAACGAAAUGGACGAGCUUUAUUUGGAUAACAUCGACGAAUAUGUCAACGACCACGACAAGAUAGUGACCUACAAAUGGCUGAGUCUCACUCUGGGAGUCCAUGUAAACACAGCCAAACAGAUGCUCUACCAUUACUUGGAUCACAAGAGGAAGGAAAGUUCGGCUCAGCUCCAUGCCACCUACCUUGUGUCGGGGAAGUUUGAGGACAAUGGCCAAACGGGUCACAAGGUGUCCGUUGUCAAAGAGGACCAGUUGGAAGAUUUCAAAUCCAAGAUGAGCUUGAUAGUCAGUGUCCACGUCUACAGCGUCCAGAAAGCGUUACUCAAAGACAGCGGCCCUCUCUACAGCGUCGACUACGAUGCCGUCAAAGACAAUCUCAAGAACUGCAGCAAAUACAGUGCGAUCCGCUGUGCCAGCGCGGUGCCCGUGUCCUCUCUGCAGCGGCAGCAGGCGAGAGAAAUCCAUCGAGCUCCCUCGCCCGAGCCUGAAAACAAAAAAUCUGGCAUGAAUGGAGACGCUAACGUGGCUUCAAAACCGUCCACCAAGCCGCAGAAAGGCAUCAUGGGAAUGUUUGGGAAGACUGCUCCUAAGAACCAGGGCAAUGGAAAAGACAUUAAGCAGGAGCAGAAGGAGGAUUCACCUGUGGUCGAUGCCCCCAAAAGCAAACCAGCUGCAAAGGCAAAUCCAAUGACGAACUUCUUUGAGAGUCAAAAAGCAAAGAAGCCAAACAAAGCUGAGAAGGAAGAGGAAGCAGCUCCGUCGUCAUCCUCAGCAGAGCCGCAACGUCAGAGUUCGCGACCUGAAGAAAAGCAAGAAGCUGCUGCAGUGGAGCCGACAAAAGACACCAAGAAAGACUCCAGGAGCAAAACCAAGCGAAUCGUGGAUUCUGACAGCGAGGAAGAGAAAAUGGACAAGAAAAAGAGACGAAGGAUUAAGAAGCCCGAACCAGACAGCAGUGAUGAAGAUGUCAUUCCAGAUUCUCCACAGCAGAUGGAAACACGAGAACCAACACCAAGCCCUGAGAAGGAGGCAGAGUCUGUUUCACAUUCACAUCAGGGCACGUCUGAAAUGAGGACGAGGAAGAGGAGACGAGUCCUGAAAGCUCGUAUCUUUGUAGAUGAAGAUGGAUCCAUGGUGACUGAGAAAGGCUAUGAGAGUGAAUCGUACUCUGAAACAGAAGAGGAUGUUCAGGCCACCAAACAAGCUGCCAAAGAACCGUUCCCAGCUAAACUACCGGCGAGCAACAAACAGGACGAGAAGAAGAGUCAGAAGAAAACUUCUGCAAAUGCAAAUAAAGGAAGUAAACAAGCUUCCAUUAUGGGAUUCUUCCCUAAGAAAUGAUGGAGGACGGCGUCAGGCACUUUGAUUAUUGGCUCUGAGGAACAACAAGCACUGCGGCAGACUUACUGUAACGAUCUUUUGUCAAAACUGACUCAGCUAAAACUGACGUGGACUGUUGAGGAACGCAAAUCACUUCUCAAAAGGAUUUCAACUACAUGGACAUGUCCAGUUCAGGAUGACAAACAUUUUUCUUUCCAUUACCAGCUGUGAAUACAUGUCAUACUCAAUAAACAUUAAAAACUGAAA